AUGGCCGCCGUAGUGCGGGGGAUUCGCGAGAAGCUCAGCAUUCCGCGCGAGGCGUUGCUGCAGGACGGCGUGCUCCGCUAUCGGCCGGACGCCUACCAGUUCGAGAUCGAGCAGAUCGAUUCACCUUCCUACCCGGGCAUGGUCUCGGUCUACCGCACGCACCACGUGCAGGUCGACAUCCUCGACGGCGGUCUGCCCGCGUUCGCGGGCCGUGGGUUGCCGGAGUGCAACCCCUUCACCACUCUGGAGACCACCCCGCUCGGCACCACCACAAACUUCUGGAAGUGGAGCAGCAUCGAGGAGGCGCUGGGUGACAGAGUGGUGAAAUUCCCACCCAAGGCGCUGUCCGCGAGCUGCCCUCGGUCGACCUCCGCAGAUGGCGGCGCGCCCCUGGGAACGGGAACGCGCAUGCUGGGGCCCGAGGACCUCCCCAGCGAGGAGGCAUUGGCGGGCUACCUGCGGUCCGCUGGGAUCGACCCCACGAAGUACGGGGUGGGGAAAGCGAAGCCCCUGUCGUCGCUCAUCAAAGAGGUACAGAAGGGCGACUCGCGCCUGGAGUGGACGGAGAGCCCGCCAAGCCUGCGGCGGGUGGUGGAGCCCGUGUUCAUGCAACUGCGCUGGGGCAAGCUGGUGCUGGUGGAGGCGGAGCAGCGUUUCACAAACGGAACCUGCCGCAAGCGCAACAUGCUACUGGCGGAGAAGAUGUCACCGGAGGACGCCGACGCCGCCGACACGUGCAUCCGCGGCCUCUUCGAAGAGCUGAACCUGCCGGAGGACCUGUCGCCCCCGAAGGACUACUUCCGCUUCAUGCAGGAGUCCUACUGCUGCUUGGCAGAGCACCUCGAAUCGCCCUCUUAUCCGGGCCUCGCCUGCGUGUACACGACGCACUACUGUAGCGUGCAGCUGGUCGAUUCAGGUCUCAGCAGGCUCCGGGAGAUCGGGAUCUUGGAGGAGGAGUUCGAGACCCCCGAGGACGACAAAGUCAACGUCUGGAGGUGGACCGACAUCAAGGAGGCCCGCGAGAGCAAGGCGAAGGGCUUCCCGGCCUUCGAGGCGUUCUCCUCCUCGGACGCGAGCUCACCCCAGAGCCAAGAGGCCUCAUUUGAGCCCGUGGCCAGCAUCCCCACGGACCCGGCCCAGAUGUGCGUCUUCCUCGAGAUCGGCGGCGUGAACGUUAGCUUGUGGGGCAAAUUCGUGCACGAUUCGCUGCUGUCUCUGAUGGACGAGGUGGAAAAGGGUGUCUCUCGCCUGGAGAGGGACGUAGAGACAGGGAAGCUGCGGCGUGUGAUGACCUCCAGCCACGUGCAUUUCAACCUGUCGAGCGCGGCGGCGGGGCGCCCUGGCGCCCCGGCAGGGCCCGGCUCACACUUCGGGCGGGACGAGGCCAUGGACCUGGUGCGGUACCGGAGCGACCUCGAAUGCUUCGAGGUGGAGCACGUCAACGUUGCGGCGUACCCUGGCCUGCCGUGCUUCCACCAGACGCGCCAGAUGCACUUCGCACCCCGCAGCAGCGAGCACCCCGCGGACGCGCCCGGGGACGGCGACGCCGCUGCGGCGGAGGCGGCCCCGCGGAGCGACGGCGUCGGCAAGGAGGGCUCCGCCGGCGCCGGUCUCGCCCGCCUGCUCCCGUCCCUCAUCGGGCGCCGCAGCGCGAGCUUCCCCGGCGACGCCGCACCGCCCCUCAAGCAAGCGGAGAGCACGAGGAGCGCUGCCACGGAGGGGCCCAAGGCUGAGCCCGACGGCGUGGCCCUGGCGCCGUGGCUGCGCAGCGAGGACGCCCUCGGCCGCUUCCUGGAGGAGCACGGUGUCAGCACUCGGCUCUUCGGCGUGGGUUCCGCGAAGACAGUAGCGGAGCUCCUGGCGGAGCUCCGCGCGCAGGCUUGCCACUUGGAGCUCCAGAGCCGCGGCCCUGGCAGCAGCGGGGACGAGCCUCCGAAGAAGGAGAGCCCAGUGGUGCUCCGCAUCGUGGAGCCGAUCUUCGUCCGCCUGCGCUGGCGCGGGUGCGUGCUGGUCCAGGACUCGCAGAAGAUGCUGGAUGGGCGCUUCCGCGAACGCAACAUGCUGCUCGCGGAGAAGAUGGAGCCCAGCGACGGCGGCGGCAUCAUGGCCGCCGUAGUGCGGGGGAUUCGCGAGAAGCUCAGCAUUCCGCGCGAGGCGUUGCUGCAGGACGGCGUGCUCCGCUAUCGGCCGGACGCCUACCAGUUCGAGAUCGAGCAGAUCGAUUCACCUUCCUACCCGGGCAUGGUCUCGGUCUACCGCACGCACCACGUGCAGGUCGACAUCCUCGACGGCGGUCUGCCCGCGUUCGCGGGCCGUGGGUUGCCGGAGUGCAACCCCUUCACCACUCUGGAGACCACCCCGCUCGGCACCACCACAAACUUCUGGAAGUGGAGCGGCAUCGAGGAGGCGCUGGGUGACAGAGUGGUGAAAUUCCCACCCAAGGCGCUGUCCGCGAGCUGCCCUCGGUCGACCUCCGCAGAUGGCGGCGCGCCCCUGGGAACGGGAACGCGCAUGCUGGGGCCCGAGGACCUCCCCAGCGAGGAGGCAUUGGCGGGCUACCUGCGGGCCGCUGGGAUCGACCCCACGAAGUACGGGGUGGGGAAAGCGAAGCCCCUGUCGUCGCUCAUCAAAGAGGUACAGAAGGGCGACUCGCGCCUGGAGUGGACGGAGAGCCCGCCAAGCCUGCGGCGGGUGGUGGAGCCCGUGUUCAUGCAACUGCGCUGGGGCAAGCUGGUGCUGGUGGAGGCGGAGCAGCGUUUCACAAACGGAACCUGCCGCAAGCGCAACAUGCUACUGGCGGAGAAGAUGUCACCGGAGGACGCCGACGCCGCCGACACGUGCAUCCGCGGCCUCUUCGAAGAGCUGAACCUGCCGGAGGACCUGUCGCCCCCGAAGGACUACUUCCGCUUCAUGCAUGAGUCCUACUGCUGCUUGGCAGAGCACCUCGAAUCGCCCUCUUAUCCGGGCCUCGCCUGCGUGUACACGACGCACUACUGCAGCGUGCAGCUGGUCGGUUCAGGUCUCAGCAGGCUCCGGGAGAUCGGAAUCUUGGAGGAGGAGUUCGAGACCCCCGAGGACGACAAAGUCAACGUCUGGAGGUGGACCGACAUCAAGGAGGCCCGCGAGAGCAAGGCGAAGGGCUUCCCGGCCUUCGAGGCGUUCUCCUCCUCGGACGCGGGCUCACCCCAGAGCCAAGAGGCCUCAUUUGAGCCCGUGGCCAGCAUCCCCACGGACCCGGCCCAGAUGCGCGUCUUCCUCGAGAUCGGCGGCGUGAACGUUAGUUUGUGGGGCAAAUUCGUGCACGAUUCGCUGCUGUCUCUGAUGGACGAGGUGGAAAAGGGUGUCUCUCGCCUGGAGAGGGACGUAGAGACAGGGAAGCUGCGGCGUGUGAUGACCUCCAGCCACGUGCAUUUCAACCUGUCGAGCGCGGCGGCGGGGCGCCCUGGCGCCCCGGCAGGGCCCGGCUCACACUUCGGGCGGGACGAGGCCAUGGACCUGGUGCGGUACCGGAGCGACCUCGAAUGCUUCGAGGUGGAGCACGUCAACGUUGCGGCGUACCCUGGCCUGCCGUGCUUCCACCAGACGCGCCAGAUGCACUUCGCACCCCGCAGCAGCGAGCACCCCGCGGACGCGCCCGGGGACGGCGACGCCGCUGCGGCGGAGGCGGCCCCGCGGAGCGACGGCGUCGGCAAGGAGGGCUCCGCCGGCGCCGGUCUCGCCCGCCUGCUCCCGUCCCUCAUCGGGCGCCGCAAUAAUUGCAGCACGACGAGCGUGGCCUCUGACUACGGCACGCCGCUCCGCAGCACUCGCAGCUCGGAGGUCUCCGUCAUGCCCUUAAAGACGUACGAGUACGACGAGUGCCAGUCGCGUCUGCUCCCCCUCUACGACCAGCUGCGAAGCCUACGCAGCAAUCUGCGGUUCAAGAUGAUCGCGCAUGCCGAUUGCACGAGCGAAUUUUCGGACCAGGCCGUGGCGUGCUCGUGCAUGAUCCAAUCGAUUCGCAAUGUGAACCCGCUGAACGCCACGUUCCAGUGCUGUUUCACAGUAUUCCUCGAGUGGCUGGACUCCUCCGCAGCGGGCCUUCCCGAGGGUAACCUCGGGGAGGGAGUGCAUGGGGUCCUGAACAUCCCCGAGAUCGAGCUGCAGAACACCCUGGCCACCAGCAAGAAGGUCCAAUCGCCUCCCCAGGUCGUGGACCCAGCCACGGGCCACGUGGCGUGCACGAUACGCUACGAGGCGCUCGUGCAGAUGGAGCUCGACAUGCGCCUCUUCCCCUUCGACGCCCAGCGCCUCGUCCUCGUGCUGGGCCUGCGGGCCCGGCGGGACCGGCGCCGCGCGCUGGCGUGCCAGUCGUGCCUCGCGGACGCGCAGAUCCGCCUGGAGGAGUGGCGCGUCAUGCGCACCUUUGCGCACAGCGACUCUCCGGACGGGCGCGCCCGCAUCCAGUUCGGCGUGAUGAUAUCCCGGCGCUAUGGGUAUUACGUCGUGACCGUCUUCACCACCCUGCUGGCCAUUGCCACCUCGAGUUUCGCGGCCUACGUGCUGCCCGCCGCGGAGGUGUGGGACCGUCUCCGCUUCGGGAUCGCCAUCCUCUUCGCGCAGAUCACCUUCCGCCUCGCGCAGGACAACAAGCUUCCGAAGGUGGCCUACGCCACGAUCUUCGAUAUGUACGCAAUGUUCUGCCAGGUCAUGGUCUUGGGGAUGAUACUCGGCUUCAUCCUGGUCAGCAUGUGCGACCAGGACAUCUUUGGCCAUCGUGCUCGCCAUGCUACCGGCACCUUGGACCGGGCCUGUGGCGCCCUGCUCUUCUGCAUGUGGUCGCUCGGGCACCUCGCCGGGCUGCAGAGAGUCAUACGCCAGCGGCGCGAGCAGCGCUGUUCGUUGCUGCAGCUGUCGAGCUCCAGCCAGGGCUCACCUCAGGCGGCGGAGGCGGACGCACUUCAGAAACAGCUGGCCACCUUACAAGCGGGCCUCCACUAUCGUGAGUCUACGCUCGAGCGAAGGUCUGUCAUGAGCCGCCGGGUGAGCCAGGCGGUGUCCCUGGACGUGCACGUGUGGCUGCUUCACGACAUCAACCCCCUGACUGGCACUUUCGAGUGCAAGUUCUCCGUCACCCUCGGAUGGCUCCACGAGGGGGCCGUGGGCCUGCCGGAGGGGGCGCCGCUGACGGCCCAGCAGCUCAGCCUGGUCGACGUCCCCGAGCUGGAUGUGCACAACAAGGUCGAGCUGGUGUUGGAGGAGGGCCCCCGCGUGUGCGUGGCCUGCUCUUCCAGUGGCCGGGUCCUCUCGACGUCUCGGUUCCACGCCAAGCUGCAGAUGAACUUGAAUUUGCGGGAGUUCCCUUUCGACUCCCACACCCUGCCCGUCCACAUCAUCAUGCCUCACGAGAAGGAUGAGAGGCGCGCCUUCGUGCACUGCGGCGGCCAGCUGGGAGAGAGCGCCCAGAUGCUGGACGAGUGGUUCGUCAGAGGCCACACGGUGGACCCAGACACGGGCAACGGCGUGCCGACGGCGUCGCUCCAGAUCCACCUGCAGCGGCGCUCCUUCUUCUACGUGGUGAGCGUGAUGGCUGUCCUGCUGGGGAUCUCGUCGUUGGUGUUCACCGUGUAUGUGAUUCCGAUGGACUCCAGCGGCAUGGAUUUCGCAAAUCAAGGGAAGAUCUUGGUGCCCCUCGUCAUGACCCUCCUCGCGUUCAAGCUCUUGACUGCGUCAGGCAAGCUGCCCACCGUUGCUAGCGCCACCAGCUUUGAUCGGUACAUGAUUGCAUGUGAGAUGAUGUUGCUGGGGACCAUCGUCAUCUGUACCGCGUCUCGUGGCUUUGCGCGACUCUAUGGAGUCGGCUCAGUGCAGUCUUACCGCACCUACGCCGCCAUGAUAUCCGCUCUCUUGUGGGUGGCGUUCAACGUCUACUUCGCGCUCAGCGUCUGGCUCGCGCGGCGGAGCAACGAUCGCCAGACGACCGCCGCGCUCACGUGCACACGGACCCACUGGAGCAGCGAUGCGCCCGGCUUCGAGGAGCAGUGCGCGCAGCUGCAGCACGUGAGACCCGACGCGGGCGACAUCCAGGGAAGCGCCUCCUCGGCGGUGAUGCUGCGCAUCGUGAUGAAGAGCAUCCACUCGGUGAACCCGGCCGGCGGCACGUUCCAGGCCGAGCUCGUGGCGAGGCUCGAGUGGCUCAGCCCGGGUGCGGUGGGCAUCGCCGCGGGCUCCGAGCUGUCCAGCGAGCAGCUGGGGCGCCUGCAGCAGCCCAAGCUCAUGGUCCAGAACGCCAUCGGCUGCUCUGCCAAGGUGCUCGACGGUGCGCGCGUGGUCGACGGUGCCACUGGCCACGUCACCUGCCAGGUGCAGAUCAAGGCGUCGGUGCAGAUGCGGCUUCACUUGGCACAGUUCCCGUUCGACGAGCAGGUCCUCGAGGUGGUGGUCAUGCUCCCAGACCCAGGCGAUCGGCACCGCAGCCUGGUGAUCGAGCACCUGGAUUGCGCAGACGUGGCGCGGGUGGGCGAGUGGAUCGUGCUCGGAGACGUCUCAGCAUGUGGCCGUCGGAUGGGCAUAUCGUGGGCUUCCGUUGGAGUGAAGAUCAAGCGCUCCAGCCGCUACUAUGUCUUGAAUAUGGUGUCGCUGUGCUUGUGGUGUGUCGCCGGCUUCUCGUUGUACGCCCUUGAUGUCAGCGAUUUCCAGAAUAGGGGGAAAAUCUUGGUCGGCGUGUUGCUCGUUCAGAUUGUUGCCAAGCUCGCCGUAUCCAGCAAGCUGCCCCGCAUCGCCCGGACUACCGCUUACGAUCGAGUGUCGUUGAACAAUUUGGCGAUGCUCUUCUGCGUAGGCAGCGGCGCGGCACUCUGCUGCGCCCUGAACCAGCUGGAGGGCUGGGAGGAGUCCAGCAAGGUCUGCGAUUCGAGCGUCGCUUGCGCUGUCUUCCUGGCUUGGGUGCUCAUGAACGCCGUAACUGCGCUCCAAGUGCACAGGUCGCUGAGGGGAAGCCGCCGCGCCAUGCGGGAGCUGGACGCGAACCAUCGCAACGCCCAGGCCGUCGACCAGGCUUCCAUAGGGCGGGAGGUAGCCCUCAUGCGCCCCUGUGUGUUGCCAGAGUCGCCCGUGUCUCGUCAGGCGAACUCUAAACAUGAACGGUUCAGCAGUGUCGACAUCAGCAAGCAAGACCAGAGGGCGGCCAUCAAUGUCGGUGCCAAGGUCCAGCUCAUUUCUGACGUGGACACCAGCUCCGGCACGGUGGAGUCAAAAUUCCAUGUCUUUCUGGAUUGGUUUGACACUGCAGGGGUGCACCUGCACCAGCAGAGGCGCACCAACAGCAGUGCGCUGCCAGCCGAGGAACAGGCGGUAGUGCCAAACAUCAAGGUGCGCAAUGCAAUAAAGAUCAUCAUGGAGGAUUGCUCCGAUGUCAAAGUCUUGGACGCCGCAACGGGCCACUGCUCCUGCCACAUUCAGUUCCACGCGCGCCUCUACAACAGGUUCGACCUGCGCAGCUUCCCCUUUGACCGCCAGAGGCUGGAGAUCGAGCUCGCGCUCGAGAAUUGCCCGGACCGCUUCCUGGUGGGAAGUUGCUGUGAGAGUACGGACCGGGGCUCGAGGCUCGACGACUGGAAGCUGCAGGACGUCUCGCUCAGUGUCGACCACGAGUGGCCUCUCCCAAGGCUCGCGACCAUCACGAUGUUGGUGGAGCGGCGGUCUCGUUUCUACCUGGUGCAGGUCAUUGGCGUUCUCACCUGCCUGACCACGCUGGUGUUCUCCCUCUACCUGGUCAGGGCAAAGGACCUGGGCAAGAGGAUGCCAGACGCUCUCAAGGUUGUUCUCACCAUGACGACCUUCCGCUUCUUCGUGGAGCACCGCCUGCCCAAGGUGCAGCACUGGACACCGUUCGACGUCUACUACGUCUCCUGCCAGGCGCUCAUCGCCUGCAUCAUCGUCUGCUUCGUCGUGGCCAAGCUGAGCGACCCGCUCGGCACCCUCGAGUGCCAGACCCGGCAGAGCGAGCACCGCGUGCUGGCGUGGAUCUUCUCCGCGUGGGCGCUGUGGCUCCUCGGCUGCGGCCUCGCCUCCCUGCUCCUGAAGUGCCUGGGGCCGCGCGGGGGCGUGCAGCGGCACCCCGGGGCUCCGCUGGGCCCGCUGGCUCGGCUCCGAGCGCUGCCGCUCGCGCACGGCAGGGAGCCCGAGCGCCGCGGCAGCACGGAUCGGCUGCCGUGGGCCGCGAGGCCGUCGGCGGGUCUGGAGACGCAGGUCGUCUCCAUCGCCUUCCGCAUAUGGCUGGUGCGCAACGUGGACCUGGUGAGCGGCACCUUCGAGUGCAAGUUCCGCGUCCUGCUCGAGUGGCUGGACGCGGACGCGAAGGGCCUGCCCAAGGGGAAGAAGGCCAAGCUGCCGGUGCCCGACAUCGCGGUCACCAACGCAAUCCAGUCGCAGAUUCUGGACGCCAGCUCCGCGCCCGAGGUGGUCGACCCGGAGACGGGGCACCUGGCCGCCCAGAGGCUCUACAAGUGCACGGUGCGGAUGGAUCAGGAGGUGCGGCUCUUUCCCUUCGACUGGCAGUGGCUCGCGAUCUCCGUGAGCCUGCGCGGCGGGGGCGAGCUCGGGCGGCCGUUCUUCUUCCAGUACUGCGAGGUCGAGGGGCAGCUGCAGCUGGACGAGUGGACUGUCCACGGCCAGCCCGCAUUUGCCACCCUCGACAGGCACGAGGCCCCGAGCCUGGAGGAUACCGUGAUGUGUGGCAUCCUCAUCAGGCGCGAGGCGCGCUACUACGUCAUAAACAUCAUGCUCAUGCUCGGUCUCAUCACGUCCCUGUGCUUCUCCGUCUACACCGUCAAGGUCCAGCUCUUCUGGGAGCGCGCCGAGAUAUUCCUGGGCAUCUUCCCAGUGAUCAUCGUGUUCAGGAUGUCCGUCCAGGGCAAGUUGCCGAAAGGCGGCUCCUCCACGCAGUUUGACUGCUACGCGAACGCGUGCACGAUCCUGUUCUUGGUGAUCGUGUUCGAGGCGAUGCUGGCGUCCUUUGCCACGGUCGCUCCCGAGUGGGUGUCGUCGACGUGCUCGCAGGACGACGCGACGGAGCUGAUCUCCACCCUGGAGGGGUGGUUCUGGUACCUGCUCGGCACCGUCUGGAUCGCGUGGAACGCGCGCUUCGCGGUGCAGUCGUGGCGUUUCUGGCGGCUGCAUCCCCUGGGGGCCCUGGGCAGCGGGGUCCUCGCCCGGACGCAGGACAGCGAGUGGGUCGCCGGCUGCUCCGCCGCCGAGCCAGACUGCAACGGCCUCGCGCCGCGCUUCUCCGCCCGGGCGGCGUCGCAGCGAGCCCAGCGGCAGAGCAUCGCCGACGCCGAGCAGGCCGCGCUGGAGCCUCGUUCCUCUCUGACCAGCGCGCCCUCGGACCUUAGCAUCUGACGCUGCCUGGCCGCAUCCCGCCUCCGCACCUGAGGCGCCGGCACCUCCGCUGGCCCGCGGCGCCGAAUUCGAGGAUAUUUGCGCGACGGGUUUCCGCCUGUCAGCCCGAGGCCUCUCUCGGGCGGGCGGCAGAACCCGAGCGCUCACUUCGCGGAGACUGGGAGGAGAGAGAUAAUCAAAGGAAGGACCCCCCUGAGCGCGUAUCUGAGCCUCGGUCCUUUGCGCAAGCACGUGCAUGAGUUGCGCAUUCUCCCGCCUCUACUCAGGGAGACGUGCGCCGCAGGUCAGCCGCGCGGUUUAACGUGAAACGUUCGGCGAGUGGUUGAACUUGUCAUCCACUUCCCCUUCCACCUUUUCCCGUCUCUUCCUUCUUCUCCUGCCUCGUCUUCCUUGUC